CUUGAGACGGAGGAGAUAGUGAGGGUUGAGGUGAGGGACCCUGCUACUAAAGACAGAGGAGACAGUGAGGGUUGAGGUGAGGGACCCUGCUACUUGAGACAGAGGAUAUAGUGCUGUCGUUCUUUUCUUCCCUUCCUCAAAGAAGAGACGAUUUACUUGGUUAAGCUGUGACCUCAUCAUGCUGUACGCAUGAUACCCCACCCACUUCUCCCUCUCUCCCUCCCUUUGGUGAGGGGCUGGGGCUGCCUACUCCAACAUUAAACAUUUCUGUUUCGGGUUCCUGUGUGUUGCGUGAGCAGUGAGGACACAAAGCGAGCAAGACCCGAGAAGAGAGAGAGAGAGAGAGAGAGAGAGAGAGAGAGAGAGAGAGAGAGAGAGAGAGAGAGAGAGAGAGCGUGUAUCAUCGUGCAUGUGUAUUAACUUAGCUAACAGGCAGCAGCAGGAGCAGCAACAGCUGAGAGAUAUAUAGAGAGAAAGACAGAGACAGAGAGAGAGAGAGAGCGCGAGAGGAUGGAAGUAGGAGGAAAAUAAGACCAGGCACAAGGAAACAAAAGCUGCAGAGAGAGGGAGAGAGACUGUUCCCAUCUUGCCCUCCACUAAAAGAACAACGGAGGAGGAGGAGGAGGAAGAAGACAAAAGGAGGAGGAGGGUGGCGUACAGUACUGAACAUACUGGAACUGAAUUCCUUGGCUCUUGUUCUUUACCCUCCAUGUUUUAGGGGGAUUCUACACUAGUGCAUUUGACUGCCUUCUUCUUCAUCUUUGAAAAGAAAAAAAGAAAGAAAUAGAGAAAGGGAGAAAGAAAGGAAUAAAGAGAGAAAGAUAGAGAGAAAGAAAGAUAGAGAGAAAGAUAGAGAGAAAGAAAGAAGGAGAGAAAGAAAGAAAGAAAGAAAGAAAGAAAGAAAGAAAGAAAGAAAGAAAGAAAGAGAGGAGGAUGUCGGGAAAGAAGGAGUUUGAUAUGAAACAGAUCCUCAGGCUACGUUGGCGCUGGUUUAGUCAUUCAUCCCAGAGUUCUGCCGGUGGAGGAGGAGGAGGAGGAGGAGGUGGAGGAGGAGGAGGAUACCUCCAGGAGAGCUUUGAUCACAGAGGGACCCCAGUCCAGGGCAGGCUGAAGAAUCACUCCCGGGACAGAGGUGGCAGUGGAGGGGGACUCCGGAAGCAGAACAGCAACAGUCCGGUCCAUAGUAUCCUGGCCCCCACGCCUGUCUAUGUCAGAGCCAGUAAUCAAUCAUGGCAACAGCAGAAUAUUAUUCAGCACCUGCAGCAGCAGGGUGGCCACGAGCUGCCUAAGAACAGCAGCUCACCUAACAACACCAGGAAGGAGGACUGCUCCAAGAGCAGCCAGGAGAAUGUGAAGAGUGUUGAAGAAUCCUUAGAGGCGGAUGCAAGAGACAGGAUGUGCUCCAACGGCUCGGAUGAGUUCUUCCAGGCUACAAACCAUGCGGAACAGACCUUUCGCAAGAUGGAGACCUAUCUUCAGCACAAGCAGCUGUGUGAUGUCGUCUUGAUAGCAGGAGAUCAUAAGUUCUCGGCUCACAGGUUGGUCCUCAGUGCAGUAUCUGACUACUUUGCUGCCAUGUUCACCAGCGACGUGAGAGAGGCCAAACAGGAGGAGAUCAAGAUGGAGGGGGUGGAUCCAGAAGCCUUGAGAUCUCUGGUCCACUUUGCCUACACUGGUGUCCUUGAAUUGAAGGAGGAGACCAUAGAGAGUCUAUUGGCUGCAGCCUGCCUUCUGCAGCUCUCACAAGUCAUUGAGGUCUGCUGUAACUUCCUCAUGAAACAACUCCAUCCAUCUAACUGCCUGGGGAUACGCUCCUUCGCUGACGCCCAGGGAUGCAUGGAUCUGCUCAACAUGGCCCACAACUACACUAUGGAGCACUUCCCAGAGGUGAUUCAGAACCAGGAGUUUCUGCUGCUUCCUACGGCUGAGAUCGUCAAACUCUUGGCCAGUGACGACAUAAACAUACCAGAUGAGGAGACCGUUUUCCAGGCUCUGAUGAUGUGGGUGCGGUUCGACGUUCAGCAUCGCCAGCAGGACAUUGGGGUGCUCCUGGCCGAAAUCCGCCUGCCUCUUCUACCUCCACAGGUACUCCUAGCUGACCUGGAGAACAACACCAUGUUCUCAGAUGACCUGGAAUGCCAGAAGCUUCUAAUGGAAGCCAUGAAGUACCAUCUGCUGCCAGAGCGUCGCCUCAUGUUCCAGAGCCCCAGGACCAAACCCAGGAAGUCCACUGUAGGAGUACUCUACGCUGUGGGAGGCAUGGACGCUACCAAGGGAUCUACGACCAUGGAGAAGUAUGACCUGCGGACCAACACGUGGAUCCAGGUGGGGGUGAUGAACGGCCGGAGGCUGCAGUUCGGGGUGGCAGUGAUCGACGACAAGCUGUACGUGGUGGGGGGCCGAGAUGGGCUGAAGACUUCCAACAUGGUGGAGUGUUACAACCCUUUAAACAAAGUCUGGUCCACCAUGCCUCCUAUGUCUACACACAGACACGGACUCGGUAUAACAGUGUUGGAGGGCCCCAUGUAUGCAGUAGGCGGCCAUGAUGGGUGGAGUUACCUGAACACGGUGGAGAGGUGGGACCCCCAGGACAGACAGUGGAACUAUGUGGCCAGCAUGUCCACCCCACGCAGCACCAUGGGAGUCACCGCACUCAACGGGAAAUUGUUUGCAGUUGGCGGUCGGGAUGGGAGCUCAUGUCUGCGGUCGAUGGAAUGCUUUGAUCCACACACCAACAAGUGGAGUAUGUGUGCCCCCAUGGCGAAGCGGAGAGGAGGGGUGGGUGUGGCCACGUACAACAGCUUCCUCUAUGCUGUGGGUGGUCAUGAUGCCCCGGCGUCCAACCACUGCUCUAGGCUAUCAGACUGUGUGGAGAGGUAUGAUCCCAAAACAGACACAUGGACCACGGUGUCCUCUCUGAGUGUCCCCAGAGAUGCUGUAGGUAUCUGUCUGCUAGGAGACAGGCUAUAUGCUGUCGGAGGAUACGAUGGAACGUCCUACCUGAACAGUGUUGAGUCCUAUGAUGCACAGAACAAUGAAUGGACUGAGGAGGUCAAUCUCAACAUUGGAAGGGCUGGAGCCUGUGUUGUAGUUGUGAGAAUACCUUAAGGACUACAACUCCCAUACAACCCCCUGGAAUGCCACACAGAACACAUGACAUGAUGUCACCACUGAGAAUGUUUUUCCUUCAGUUUUUCUACUGUAAAGACAAACCUGCAUUCCUCACAAACCAAUGUUUCCAUUUAACAGUGAUUUUCAUUGUCCCCUUAAAAGUAUUUUAUCUUUGAUUAUAAGAACGUACUUUACCAUAUCUACAGAUCAAGUAAGUGGUUAGUUGUGGUUAAAAAUAUUAGGAAACUCUGCCACACUCUCCUUGGACUGGUUACUCUGUUAAAAUAAUGAUCAGAAAAUAAUGAUCAGAAAAUAAUGAUCAGACAAUAAUGUUCUCUAUAUGAUACAAUGAAAGAAAUUACAUUUAUUAAUUGAUACUUUUACAUUUAUACAGCAACAUUCUAUAGUUGUCUCAUCACAUAAUAGUUUUUGGGGGAUUUAUACUCCUAUGUAUAUCUCUCUUUUAGCCACCUGAAAAUUAAAUGUACUUUUUCUAUUUUUACUACAUCGCUGUUGCUAAACUGGAUUUCUACUCUUGAACAAAAAGUUUUGAAGAAGGAUCACUGUGAAUAAUACUGAAGAUGAAGAGUUUGCAAAGUGCAAUACCGGGUACGUUCUACCAGAACAAUUUGAGAAAGUUACUCAUGUUGCUCAAGAACAAUAACAAUAUAGUUAUUUUAGAAAGGAAAGAAAUCUAACAAAAUGUUUUCAAAAAGCUACUUUUUUUCUUGGAAGCUGAAUCUGAAUUACACCAAAGUCAUUACCCAGUCUUAGAAAUGUUUUGUACAUGUUUUAAAAAUAUAUACAAAUAUAUCAUAUUGAUAUUUCGCAUUACUACAAAGAUUUUAGUAGGUUUGCUAAAAUUGCAGUCAUCUUUAUAACAUCAUAUCAUGCCUAAACAAAUGCAUUACUGUCAUCUCCAGUGUUUAUUUUAAUAUUUUGGCAUGCUAGUUAAUAUUAAUCUGUAAUUAAACAAUAUUUAUAUU